GAUCCAUAGCUAAUUAUGGACACAACUUGGUCAGUGUCCGAAAAGGAAUAAUGGAUGGGGUCAUGAUUGUAACAGUGUCGUAGACUCUACCCAAACUGACCAACUACCAUAUACCUGGUUGCCUGGGAUAGGAGAGGCUAUGGAAUAAAGCUCCUGCUACCGAUAAGUCUGCGUAUUUCUGCAGAUACAUCUCCGGUUCCAUGGGAUCAGCAGCAAUUAGCUGUGCCAGAGACGGUGAUAACACGGUGAUAACACGACAAGUUCUGAAUCAAUGUGAUAACAUCUACCUUGGUCGUGACAGCCGUUAUUUGUUACUGGAGGCUGGGAGGAAGCAGACCUCUGUUGGACAUUCAUUCCUCUCGGAAACCGGUGUGUACACAACGCGAUAGUGCCGUGCUUGGGUUAUCUGAACGUAAAGUGGUACUGUGGUACUCCAGUGGCAGAUAGAGAUUGUCAAUGUUGUACAGGCGGGGAAUACGAGGAAAUAGCGCCAUCAUUUAGAGGAUAUAUCACCAUGAUGUAGCCGACAAUGUCACCAGCAAUUUUCGAUGUGAGCUUGGUGUCCGCCAGCCCUGUUUAAUUUUUAUGAUGGGGAAGACGCAGUCAAGAGCCAACCAUUAUGAUUAUUGAAAGGAAAACAAUGAAUAUUCUCUUCUAUCUGGGGAUUAUUGUGCCAACAAUCAUCACUGUCAUCUUAUUUGUGCUUUUUAUUGUGUGCUGGUACCGUCUGAAAGCUCGCCGGGAGGUAUUGCACAAGAAACACGACCCCCACGGCAAGAUGCGACAGCUAGGUGUGUCACGGGUUCCACCUCCUCCUCCGGUGUUCAUUCGACAGGUGUUCCAGCGCCUGUCUGUGAUUGGGGAGGAUAACGAUGCUUACCAAGUGAGUCGCAGCCCCUCCACCGAACAGGAUCAGGGGGGACGUCCUGGAUUGUACCACGCCCCCCAUGACAGCGGCUUGUCGGAACUGAGUGAGUUACAAUGCAAGGACAGGCCUCAUUCACAAGCAUCACAAGGAUCAACAGAUUCGGAGGAUUCCGGCUUCAGGAGUUCCCGUUCAGGACAAUACCACCCUAGUGCAAAUAAUCAGCUUCAAGACAUUCCCCUACUGAAGCCUAUCAAAUCCAACAAGGAAGCUAUAGAGACCGUGUGGCUUCAACCUUCAGAUAACGCUCACUCUCAGUCACAGAUGCAGGCAUGUGCACGGCCACUCAACUCAUCAACCAGAAGCAUAACUUCAUCUGCCAGACAUUUCAAUACAUCUGAUAGAAAUCUCACUUUUGCAGUAAAAAAUCUCAAUUCUUCUAGGAAUCUUAAUUCUUCCUGUAGGACAAUGAACAAUUCCUCUUCCUUCAGUGGCAUGGAACAGUCACCACAGAAGGUAGACUUGACAGACAUAAGUACCCACAUCAGUUGGAUGUACCUGCAGAACUUAGCAACAUCGUCUCCUGCAGCGCCACACGGCGGUGGGGGCAUCAACCCCAAGGUGACCAUGGCCCAGGUCCACUGCAGCAGUGACCCGGCUGGGGCUGGUGCUGUGGUGGAGUCUAAUGGAGAUUUAUUAGGGUAUUCUGUGGUAUGAAUGGGAACAUUCCCAAGAUGGAGAUUUUCACUGGAUUAGACAGUAGUUGAUUCAAUCUCCUGUUGUGUGAUUUUGUGUGGAUAACUAGUCUCAGAGUCAAUCUCAUUUCAUUCCAAUCUGCAGCAAGCAAAGCUACAGAUUUACAGCCGAUUUCAACAAAAAAUAAACCAAAUAACAAUUUUUCUUCAAAAAUUGUUUAACUUGAGAUUUGCCCUGGUGUUUUGAUGUUGGAGGAUCCGAGAUGAUGGCAGAGACUCAAUGAUUGUAGGACUACACCACAUUCCUCCUAUGACUCCAUUCCUCUAGUGCUACAACAAGCUGUCUCUGCAUCCGUGUACAUACAGACAGUGAACUCAUUCAGAUAAUUGUGGAAAUAGUCUACUGGACAAGCUCGUCCCCUGUAUGUGUUUUAUAUGUGACUGUGUUUGUGCCCUCUGUGAUACCAUGGUAGCCGCCAUGUUGUUGGUGUGAGGCCAAUGUGCUUGUUUUUAUGGGACAAUGUGAGUGUGUUGGUUGAUGGCUGGGAGUAGUUCGUGUGUAUGGCAUGUUGACCAAUCCGGCAUGUUAUUGACUUGUGUGAAAGUUGAGGCGUGACAGGGUGCGUAUGGUGGGUGUGAUUUGGACAGCGAUUUGUAAACUGUGAAAACAUAGUUCUCAACAACGUCAAUUGCUUGUUGACUAAACCUGACAAAAUAAAAUAAUUUAUGUACUUUUCAAA